UGUCGGAAUGUUUACAUGGGCUACCAACUAAAGCAAAUAAAAACUCGAUAAAUGUUUGCACUGUGUGGUAUUAUAAAAUUACUUUUUGAGAUCAGUUAAAAUAAAGAAAAUGAUGAGACGGAAAAGUGAGGAUUCGUUUGGUAAAACCAACAACAAAGCUCAUUAUGAAGUGAUUGACAAAAAGGCGAAGGAACGAAAAAGAAAUUUGCUUUACCUCAUUGACCAGUACUUGAAAGAUGAAGGAUAUUUUGAGACAUCAGAAUCUUUGCAAUUGGAAGCACACCUUACAACACAGUAUUCAGUCUGCGACAACAUUGAUCUUCCAACUGUCCUCCAGGAAUAUGAGUCUUACUUCUACCUCAGGUAUCAAAAGCAUCCAAAGGUUUGCAAGCUGCUGGAAAAGCCCACUCGGAACGAGCUUGCCGCACUCAAAGACUGCCGUAGUGCCAGACAGAAGAACCGGCUCAAAAAGUCCGAGUCCAAAGAUCCCAAGCCGGACGAUAUUGCUGAUUUGAUGAACAUCCAGUCCUACAACAAAGAAACUGACGCACCAUCAGAGCCUCCUGCCUUUAAGGAAUCGGCAGCCCCAGCCAGCAUUUUCAAGGCUCCCGAGCUCCUCGAGUUGUCAGAGAACAUAACUAGAGAAAUUGUCACCACCGACUUAGAUGUAAAAUGGGAACAUGUGAUAGGUCUAGACAAAGCAAAACAGGCUUUGCAGGAAACCUUGAUAUUUCCGCUACAACACCCACAUCUAUUCCAAGGCAUUUUAUCGCCCUGGAAAUCAGUUUUGCUUUAUGGUCCACCUGGCACAGGUAAAACUAUGCUUGCAAAGGCACUUGCAAGCGAGGGAAAAUUUACAUUUUUCAAUAUAACGGCAACAAGCGUGGUUAGUAAAUGGAGAGGAGAGUCGGAGAAAUUGAUGAGGGUUCUGUUUGAGACAGCAAAGCACAAAGCACCAUCAGUUAUUUUCCUUGACGAAUUUGAGGCCCUUGCUUGUCGCUCGACAGAUGAUCACGAAGGCAGUAAACGACUUAGGGCAGAGUUUCUAAUGCAAUUUGACGGGCUGAGUAGCUCUACGGCAGAGCAGGUUUUUGUGCUAGCAAUCACAAACUCGCCAUGGUCUCUUCAAACCUCAAUUCUGAGGCGAUUUGAAAAAAGAAUCUUCGUGGAUUUGCCUAAUGAGGAAGACAGGGAAGUCAUAAUUCGACAGUUACUGCCUGAAGAUGGGAGCACCAACCUAAAUUGCUAUAUCGACUACAAGAGCAUUGCCCAGUUAACAGACGGAUACUCUGGAUCCGACUUAAAGACGAUGUGUCGUGAAGCAGCCAUGAGUGUCUUGAGGCAAUCUCUAACCAAGACAGACAGCAACAUUGCAAAGGCUGGGAAAUUAAAAGUGUUGAAUGUGACUACCAAGGAUGUCGAGAAAGCGAUUUCCAUGACAAAGCCCACAACUAGUGCCAAACAGAACGUCUACAAGGAGUGGGAGAAAAGUCACGGCUCAGGCUAAAAUUUUGUAAUCUUGCAGUAGCAACCAUGCUUCUGUAUUUUUUAAAUUAAUAGUCACUGAUCAUCAGCUUAGAGAAGAUUAAAACAAAAUUUGCACUUCCACUUAUUGGGUCCAGAGUUGUUCCGACACUAAUCACUGUGGCUUUUGACCUUGCUUUAGUCCAAGAUAGUAACCUGUGUGAAAUCCGUUGAGGUACCACGACAUGCACAUUGAAGAAAGAGCCUCUGCUUCGUCAGCUGGCAAGUGGGCAGUAAAUUGAGAAAUUGGAGGAGGAGGAGGAAUAUUCUGAAAAUUAAUUUUCAUCGUAAGACUUUAAGAGAAUUAGCAAUUUUAUAAUAUACCAUCUGGAAUGAUGGAUCCAUCGGGUAACUUGGUUGGGGAUAAGAGGCACUUGCUUGGUGCCUCUUUGGCUGCUCAUUCUUGACCUUCAUCUUGGUCUCGGGCACAGCUUUUGUAACCUCAGGAGCAUGGCUUGACCAUUCCAUAGCAGCAGCCUGGGCUUCGGAUUCCAAAGCCAGCUAGAAUAUUGAAAAUUUAUACUUGUAAAAAUAAAAAAUAAU